UUCGUCUCCGUCAUCGUGCAAAUUUCCUUGUAAUUAUUAACAUUUGUAUUAUUCAAAAGUCAGUUAAGUUCGCACCGCAAUUGAUCUACAAUGACGCAAGUAGCCCCAAAGAACAAAUUUGAUUAUUCCGUUCAAUCUAACAUCCAUGAAGAGAAUUUGAGUUGCGAUAGGCAUUCAUCGUUGUCAGUAUCUCCAUUGAAAGAAAAUGUCUUAGAAGAAAUACAAAAUACGAAAAUGUGUAGCACAAUGGAGUUACCGGAAGAUCUCAGACGGGUUGUGGAGACGGUUUUGUCCGAAUCUUCCAAACCAAUGGCUCAAAUCAGAAUAGAUGAAUCUUUGGCAAAUAUACCCAAUGUGGAAAUCAAAGUAAACUUGGUAUCCCGGCCCCGUUUCGCUCUUUUAAAAAAGUAUUCGAAAACUGUUAUUCGAGAAAAAAAGGUUUUCAGAGUAAUUGGUCCGAAAUCGGUGGUAAUUGAUGUGCUCCAGAAGCGUGGAUGGAUACACGUUUUUGAAAGUCACUAUAAAAGCAAUAGGAAUUGCAAAUUCGACCUUAGUUAUUCGGAGGCCAUACUGUCUCUCCCUAACAUCAUUCCAGAUGAAGGAUUCUAUGAAUAUUGGAGUCGAUGUGAGAAAAUAAUAUUAUCUUUACUUUGCGUACAAGCGCCUAUAAAUUUAAUAUGGUCGAAUUUGAGAUGGGUAGACACGAAGCUCCUUAUUGCACUCAAUGAUCCAGACGUGAUACUGAACAAAAUCGGAGAACCUUAUUUCACACCAAAGAAUAUCCUUGCAAAAACCUUGCGCACCGGACAUUGGUUUUCUCAAACUGACGCUGCAAAGGUGCACUUUCCAAGGACAUAUCUAGUCUCUGAAGAAGUAGAACUGGAGAUUUUUGAAAACGAUUAUCACAUAACAGCUUGUUUAGGAUUUCUUAAAUUUAUCGUGGAAAAAACUGAGAAAGGAGGUAUCAAUAGUUUAUUCAACGAAUACGCAUGGCAUAUCCCUUUUUCCACAUUCGAAUUUGCCAUGAAGCAAGUUACCGAACUUGUGAAGUUCGACCGGGAUGACUCUGCAACUGGAAGAAAUAUCGUAAAAUGGGACUGGGAAUCAUUCAUUUCUUAUCAUCUACUACUCACAUCGCCAGGAAGCACAAUUAUACAGGCUCCACCAGGAAAAGAUAUUGAGAAAAUUAUUAGGAAAACUAAAAAAAUCAUCUCUGAAGUAAGUUUGGUUGCUCCUGACCGCAAUAUCGAUGGCAGUCGAAAUAUAUGGAUUUUGAAACCGAAACAUUCGCAAUGUGGCAAAGGCAUUGUUCUCUCGAAUAGAUUGGAUAACAUUAGACAAGCUGUAUCUAAAGAUUAUCUAGUGCAAAAGUAUAUAGAACGACCACUGUUGAUCCUCAAUGCCAAGGGUGACAUUCGGCAAUUCCUACUUGUGACCAGCAUAUUACCAUUAAAAAUUUGGAUGUAUAAGGAAUGCUAUGUGCGGCUCAGCACACAAGUCUUCAAUUUGGAUAAUUUAGACCCUGCCAUCCAUGUCACCAAUUUCAGUGUACAAAAAGACUACGUAGUUGAUCCACGUCGUAACCCACAGCUACCAACGUACAAUAUGUUGGACACUAAAUCAUUUCAGAGGUACCUUCAAAUCAUUGGUAAACCAAAGGCCUGGCGGCAGAGAAUUUAUCCAGGGAUGAAAAGGACAAUUAUAGCAUGUCUCCUAGCCAAUCAAGAACAUUUCAUACAAAAGCCUAAUAAUUUCGAAUUAUUUGGAGCCGACUUCAUUGUGGACGAGGACUGUACACCCUGGCUAUUGGAAAUCAACCAAAAUCCUCACUUGGCUCCGUCAACACCAGUUACGGCGAAAUUAUGUCCUCAAUUAGUAGAGGAUGUAUUUAAAGUGGUUUUAGAUCGGAAAGAAAAUCCCCGGGUAGACACAGGAAGUUUCGAACUUAUCUACAAUCAGUCCGUAACAUCCAUACCUCGGAAUAAAAAAUAUUUCUUCAUACAAGGGCAACGCUUUUCCCACGAUACCAUUCGACGCGAAAUGUACCAGCAUUUAGCGUCCUUAGCAAACCCUUAAUAGAAGUACCGCAAUAUUGUAUAUAUUAAAUGUCGUUGAAGAGAUGUGGGAAGUGGAGACGUUGCUUUAUGAUUUAAUAGGUAUAUCAUAUUUUAAUCGACAUACAUUUAUGUGGAACUUUUAACAUUUCUCAUUAUUUUAUCCACAUUUGUGGUCUAA